AUGUUCGGUUCCUCCAGGUCUUCUGUCGCGAGCUUCUCGGGAAGUUUCUCGGGAGAGAGAAUGCCCGACAGCCCGCCGAUAUCUCCGUGCCAGAGCCACCAGUCCAGUGUCAGUGUUGACGCUGUCGAGCACCCGGAUCAAGAGUUUUGCCCAAUCCGUAUUCUUGCGUCUCAAAUCGAUAGCUGCGCCAAGGCCCGAGUCAUUGCCCUACUAGCCAUGGAGUUCCUCGUCUUUGACGGCAAGCUGCACGGGGACCGAAGCAACUGGGCGUGUCCGUUUGGAGACUGCAAGGAGAACUUUCCUCACGCCAAAGCCCUCAUGCGGCACGUCGCAGGCUGCUCUCUCUCCUCGGGUGCCAAGGUGUACUGCAACAGCUGCCGCAAGUAUGACUGCUUUACGCUCCAGGGCCGUAAUGACCAGUUCUGCAGCGCCAGCGACGAUGCUGUCCGUGCCGGACCCUGCUCGCCAAAGAAGAGCAAGGGACUGCGCAAGCUCACCAAUCUGUUCCUCCGCAGUCGCUCGGCAUCAGCGUCCUCUUCUCUGGGAACCCGUCACACUGUUCAUCCCAAGUGCUGCGAGUUCUAG